UUGGAAGGUGAACAAAUUCACCAUGUGGACUCUCUUGUUUCUUUGCAGCGUGAUCCCCUCCUAUGGAGUUCAAGGUGCUGGUCGCUUCUACACAACUGAGGAAAUGAAUCCAGUAACCACAGAACCUACAGAGGUAUUGGUGUCUCCUGUCGCAGGUGCGAGCUGUGGUGGCUACCUGUAUAGCAGCAAUGGCAAAUUUUACAGCCCCCGCUAUCCAAACAACUACCCACCGAAUGCAGACUGUUAUUGGUACAUCAGACCAGGAAGCAGUAUUGUGCAGCUGGAUUUCUCUUUUGUAGACAUUGAGAAUUCCCAUAACUGUGUUUAUGAUGCCAUUUACAUCCAUGAUGGUUCCAGUACCAGCAGCAGACUUCUGGGAAAGAUAUGUGGCGAUAACAAUGCCACCUUCUACUCCACCGGUUCUUAUUUGACUGUGCGCUUCAGGAGUGAUGGUACUUCUUCUUUUUCAGGAUUUCGUGCUGACUACCAAGUUGUGGCUGGAGGUUCCUGCAGAUACAACUGUGGCCUCCAGGUUGGAAGCUGCUCUUGCUCUUCAUCCUGUCAGUACAGAGGGAACUGUUGUCCAGACUACAUGGAUCACUGCCUAAACCCGACUAUGACACCAGGACCAACAGUCACCUCAGCUCAGCCCUCAUGUCGUUACAACUGCGGCAGUUACAUGGGAAGCUGCUCCUGCACAAGCUCUUGUCAAUACUAUGGCAACUGUUGCUAUGACUACAGCUCGUACUGCCAGUCAACCACUGUUGAACCCAUCACAGCCCGACCCUCAUGUCGAUACAACUGCGGCAAUUACAUGGGAAGCUGCUCCUGCACAAGCUCUUGUCAAUACUAUGGAAACUGUUGUUAUGACUACUCCUCUUACUGCCAGUCAAGCACUGCCGAACCUAUGACACCAACCUCAGCCCAGCCCUCAUGUCGAUACAACUGCGGCAGUUACAUGGGAAGCUGCUCCUGCUCAAGCUCUUGUCAAUCCUAUGGAAACUGUUGUAACGACUACUACUCCUACUGCAGAGUCACACCUACAGCAAACUCCUGUGGAGGCUCUCUGUUUGGCUCUGGCACCUUCUCCAGCCCGAACCACCCUGACUACUACCAUGACAGUGCCUACUGUACCUGGCAGCUACGAGCUGCGUAUGACCAAAGAAUCUUCCUGGAAUUCAUGUACCUGCAAUUGGAUAACUGCUGCUCCUGUGACUACAUUGCAGUCUAUGAUGGGCCAUCUGUUAGCUCACGAUACCUGGGGAAAGUAUGCAACUCAAGUCUGAGUACUUUCUACUCCUCAUCAAACUACAUGACUGUGCUCUUCCGGACUGAUGGUUCUGUGGUUGGCAGAGGGUUCAAUGCUAAGUUCAUAAGCUCUCUUCCACCAAGCUCAGGUCGAGUGGACUGUUCCUCAGACAACAUGAACAUUGUGAUUGAGAGGACGUACCUGAACUCUCUCGGCUACGACGGCCACAGUCUGUACUUGAAUGACCCGCACUGCAGACCCCAGGUUUCCAGAUAUCAGGUGGUCUUCAGUUUCCCCAUUAACACUUGUGGCAACAUUCGAAAGUUUGAGAAUGGCAGAGUUGUGUACACCAACACUCUCCGUGCCUACGCCUCCAGCUCCGGAGAGAUCACACGCCAGUCUCACUUUAAGCUGAACGUGGGCUGUCGAAUGGAGCAGGACUCAGUGGCCCAGAUCAUGUACCUUGUCUAUCAUCGUGACAACAGCAGCAUUACAGGCACAGGCAGGUUCAACACCAGCAUGGAUUUCUACACAUCCAGCAGCUUCUACUAUAAGGUGACUCAAGUUCCAUACGAGGUGGCACUCAACCAGAACUUGUAUGUCCAAGUGGAGUUAAGGAGGGGUGACAGCACCCUGGUCCUCUUUCUGGACACCUGUGUGGCUUCACCAUCACCCCAUGAUUUCCAGAGCAGAUCUUACUACCUGGUCCGUAACGGAUGUCCUGUAGACAACACCUACCAGGCCUACGUAACUGGCACCCGUGCGUAUGCCCGUUUCACAUUUAAAGCCUUCCAGUUCCUGCGAGCCACAGAGUCUGUUUACAUCCAGUGCAAGGUCCAGAUAUGCCCUGCCUCUGACAACAACUCCCGCUGCCGCAGAGGCUGCAGCAAGCGUGCAGCCAGAGACGUGGGGUCAGAACACGACAGCCAAACUCUGGUCCUGGGUCCCAUCCAACUCAAAGAGCCUGAGAAAAAGGAAGAGGAGACACAUGAGCAGGACAAGGCUUAACUUGAUACUGCAAUGAGCUGCUUCAGUCAUCUUUACCGAGCACUCAACAUUCUGUUAAUUGUGACACUGAAUUUUAAUCACAAGUAACCAUUUAUUUUCUCUUUAUUGCAUUACCUGAUUAAAAGCAUCACU